GAUGUGGUUUCUUGGCGAAGGCGGAGCUCAUCUCCAGACAGAGGCCAUCUUCGCCGGCGUCCCUCCAACUCUGCAGCACCGGCGCUCCUUAAGGCGGACGCCCUAUCUCCAGCGAAUGGCGGGGGAGCUCCGGGCGGAGGGAAACCUGCGCCGUGUGCUCGCCUUGGGCCUGGGUGGCGGCCUCUUGCCAGCUGCCUUGGCGAAGUCAGGUGUGCAGGUGCUAGCCGUCGAGCAGUCCCCAUCAGUUCGGGACCUAGCGACGCGCUUCUUCGGCGUCGAGUGCGCGGGCCUGGAAAUAGUCAUAGAGGAUGCCUCGGUGUUCGUGGAGGGAGGAGGGCGCGGUCAGGGCCUCUUCGAUGCCUGUGCCGUGGACAUCUUUGAGGGCUGCACUUCCUCCACGCCGGCAUGUACACGGUCGCCCAUCUUCCUCCAGAGCCUCAAAGAGCUGCUGAAGCCAGGAGCCCCUGUUCUGCAAAACGUCAUCGACUCCGCCGGCGACUUCCUUCAAACGGAGCGGCGGCACCGGCGCUUCGGCGCCUCCGGAGAGACGGUGCGAUGUACCUGCUGGGCCCGGAACGCCGCGCCUCUUGGGCCCUUGCGCCCCGUCACCUAUCGAAGACAAACCCAGGAGCUCCAGGAGCUCCUCAGCGCGUAUCGAGAGGUCUUUGAGGAAGUGGAUGUCUUGAGGCCGGUGUCCUGGGCUCCCGGCCUGCUCCUCCGUGCUCGAAAAACCGCGAGAGAAAGUCUCCGAUCCACUCGCCCUCUUCACCUGUAUAUUGCCUCUCUUCCAGUCUCAGUCAGUCCCCCGCGCGGGUGUUUGUGUCUGUGUCUGUGUGUGUGUGUGUGUGCGUGUGUGUGUGUGUCUUCCAGCUGGCGAGGCUUCGCAGGGUUUUGGUUUUGCGGCAUCUGCCUCGUUUAUUGUUCCGCGCUAUCUUGA